GUGGAUAGGAAGGCUAAGGCCUCAGCGAUGUCGGACUCCCCAGCGGAGGUGAAGACACAGCCUCGGUCCACACCCCCCAGCAUGCCGCCCCCACCGCCUGCCAGGUCCCAGGGAGCCACCCCACUCGCCUUCACGCCACACACACAUCGAGAGGACGGGCCUGCUGCGCUGCCCCACGGCCGUUUUCACGGUUGCUUAAAAUGGUCUAUGGUCUGUCUCUUGAUGAACUGCAGCAGCCCCUCGCCGACAGCCAUCAACGGUGCACCGUCCACACCCAACGACUUCAGCAAUGGCCCGGCCACCUCGUCCACAGCCUCCCUGUCCACACAGCACCUGCUCCCGGCCUGCGGGGCCCGGCAGCUCAGCAAGCUCAAGCGCUUCCUCACCACCCUGCAGCAGUUUGGCAGCGACAUCUCCCCAGAGAUCGGGGAGCGCGUGUGCACGCUGGUGCUGGGCCUGGUGAACUCGACGCUGACGAUCGAGGAGUUUCAUUGCAAGCUUCAGGAGGCCACCAACUUCCCUCUGCGGCCAUUUGUCAUUCCUUUUCUGAAGGCAAACCUGCCCUUGCUGCAGCGGGAGCUCCUGCACUGCGCCCCGCUGCCCAAGCAGACGCCCUCCCAGUACCUGGCCCCCGAGCAGCUCCUGCUGGACGCCAGUGCAUCCUCCCCCGUCGACUCCUCAAAGCUGCUGCUGGAAGUCAACGAGAACCGCAAGAGGAGGACGCCCGACAGGACCAAAGAGAAUGCAUCGGACCGUGACCCGCUGCACCCCGAGCACCUCAGCAAACGGCCAUGCACCCUGAACCCUGCCCAGCGCUACAGCCCCAGCAACUGGCCGGCACAGCCCACGCCGCCGCCGCACUACCGCCUGGAAGACACGGUCGUGGCCCACCACUUUCGAGACCCCUACCGCCACCCGGACCUCCAGGAGCUGCGGGAGCGCCCGCGGCCGCUCGUGGUACCUGCGUCCCGGCAGGAGGAAGUGAUCGAACACAAGCUCACAGAGCGUGAGUGGGCAGAAGAGUGGAAGCAUCUCAACAGCCUCCUGAACUGCAUCAUGGACACGGUGGAGAAGACGCGGCGCUGGCUCACGGUGCUGCGCCGGCGCCAGGAGGCUGGCUGCGAGGAGCUCCACCACUGGGUGCGGCGCUACCUCGAUGCAGAGGACGUGAAGAAGGGCCCCACUCCCGCCACCGCUCGGCCCCGCAGCAGCUCUGCCUGCCCUGAAGGGUCUCAGCCAGACACCCCCCGGGAGUUCCUGCCGAGAACCCUCGCUGGCUACAUGCCUGAGGACAUCUGGAGGAACGCGGAAGAGUCGGUGAAUGAGGUGAAGCGCCAGGCGAUGUCAGAGCUGCAGAAAGCCGUAUCGGACGCAGAGCGCAAAGCGCACAAGCUCAUUACCACGGAGCGCGCCAAGAUGGAGCGGGCCCUGGCCGAGGCCAAGCGGCAGGCCUCCGAGGACGCGCUGACGGUGGUCAACCGGCAGAAGGACUCCAGAGAGAGCUGCUGGAACUGUGGGCGGAAGGCCAGCGAGACGUGCAGCGGCUGCAACGCAGCGCGCUACUGCGGGUCCUUCUGCCAGCAUUCGGACUGGGAGAAGCACCACCACGUGUGCGGCCAGAGCCUGCAGGGCCCUGCGGCCUUGGUGGGCGACCCGGUGCCCGGACUGCCCGACCCCGCCAACAGCCUGGGCCCCUCCCUGCCCAUGGGUGCUGCCAGCCCCAGCAAAGCCGGCUCUGCGGAGCCUUCUCGCCCCGGCUCCCCCAGCCUGCCUGGCCCGCUGGACGCCGUGCCCCGCUGACCCGACUGGCCCCCGACCCGCUGGACACAGUACCCUGCUGACCCCACCCAGCUCUGGGCCCUCCGGAUGCCCGAUACCCAGCCCGCCAGACGCUGCGCCCCGCCCGGCCCCGGGGAGUCGACCAGUUAGAGUCAGUGCUGCUACUGCCGCUCCCCAAAAGACACAGAACCAACAGAACCGCAUUCAGUGCACCCGCCUCAGCUACCUGAUGAUUCCACGAACAGACCUCUUGGCCGCCUCUCUCCUCAGGCACCCUCAGAAGCCUCCACUGAGCUUUAGAUGGCAGAGCGAUGCCGCAGGAGCGUUGGCUCUUCCCGCCUCUUUCUUUUCCUCUUUCUCCCCCCCCCCGCCCCCCUUCUCUAUCCUCUGCCCUCUUUCUCUGUGACUAUCACACACUUUCUCUUCAAUGACUAAUUCUAAUUGGUGGCUUACAUUUUCAGCAAAGAAUUUUGAGGGGUUUUGUUUGAUGGCAAAAGAGCUGCUCAGAAAUGGACAAAGAGAACUGUGGGGGUUCUCCCUCUCCUGAUUGAAAAGGGAGAAAGAAAACUGUGAUCUGCGCGCCAGCUGGGCCCCCUCCACCAGGGGCCUGAGGCAGACCCUGGAAGACUGAAGGAAAGAUUUCAGUUUCUGACUCAAGAAGCAUUAUUGGUUUCAGAUUUUUUUC